CGUGUGUGUGUAAGGGGGCGUGUGUGUCUUAUGUGUGAGUGUGUGUUUUAAUCAUGAGCGCAGACCGCUGCACGAGCUCAGUUCUCUCUGUGCGCUCGAGCUCAGAAACUUUCCCGGUUGCAGCGGAGAUAAAAAGUGAUUUGUUUUCUUUUCCUUUCUCUGUGACAGAACAGGCAGCAGAUCUGUGCUCCUCUGUGCUGAUCCUCAUCAUGCACGUCUAGAGCCGCGCAUUUCUAGGCUUUAUUUUAUUUUACUUCUGCUUUUAUUGUAGCAUUAUUUCCCCUGGGAUUUAAGGAUGAGCUCGAGCCUGCUGUUGGACCUUUAACGCUAAAUAAGAUCUCACUGCAGCAUUGCACGCGCACAUUAACGGCUUUAACGUGUAACGUUUUUUAUUUUCGGUUCUUGGUUCUUGGGAAGAGACACAAAGCUUGCAUUUAGGUCCUGAAGAAGAACUUUACUGUGCGCCGCAUGGAUUUAUGACAGCGCCUGUGUGUGUGUGUGUGUGUGUGUGUGUGUGUGUGUGUGUGUGUGUGUGUGUGUGUGUGUGUGUGUGUGUGUGUGUGUGUGUGUGUGUGUGUGUUUCACAAGUGUCACUGUAAGUGUGUACAUGUGAAACUAGUCUGCAUCUUUCUCCACGUGCUUAGUAUUUUGUGAGGUUGCACCCUAGGUGUGUGUGUGUGUGUGUGUGUGUGUGUGUGUGUGUGUGCGCGCGCGUGUGUCAGUGACGGAAGGUGUCUUUUGAUUGCAAGUUAAACUAAGAAAUUUCUCCAAAAAUUCAUAUUGGAUUUUUCAGAAACUCAUUUGCAGCGACUUUGUUUUUAAUAGCUUUGUGUGUGUGUGUGUGUGUGUGUGUGUGUGUGUGUGUGUGUGUGUGUGUGUGUGUGUGUGUGUGUGUGUGUGUGUGUGUGUGUAUAAGGAGAAGUAUAUUGCUUCAUUCACUGCGUCCUGCUGCUUUUGGACAGGAGAGAUGUUUAGCAUGUACAGUGUGGUUAUGCUGAAGGUUUGAUCUGCCUUGAAAGAGAAAAUUGUGGGGUUCAGACUUGGAGCGCUGCUUUAUUAUUAUUUUUUUUAUUAUUAUUAUUAUUACUGUUAUUAUGUGUGCGCAUGUUCUUUCUGGAAUAAAAGGGAUUUAAAAAAAAAAAAAAAAACAGCUAAAAAUAAAAGGGAAAAUAUAUAUCCCGGCCCCUCCUGGUUUCUUUCUCCACAAAGAAAUCAUUUGAGCUUCCUACCGCAGGAGCCUGAACGGGGACGUAAAUAGUUUCAGCACCAUGUGGAUGUGAUUUUAGCACAGAGAGAGAGAGAGAGAGAGAGAGAGAGAGAGAGAGAGAGAGAGAGAGAGAGAGAGAGAGAGAGAGAGAGAGAGGGAGAACAGACUUUUUUUUAGAAGCUUUAAGACUUUGUGUUUUUAUGGGUCACUCCCUGCCAUGUGGUGCACGAACAUGACGGAGAAACACCAGGAAGCCGAGCUCCAUUGAAAGUAAAUGUUGGAGAGAGACCCCGACUCGUUGGUGUGAAGCGUUCUGGGAAGACGAGACAUGGGAUCCCAACCGGUGCUCCACACACUGAGCUUCAUCACCUUUAUCAUCCUCAUCAUCUCCUUCACCCUGCAGCAUGGCUUGGUGCAGGCUGACGACGUGCUGACGAAGGAAGAACAGCUGUACCUCAUCAUCAAUGCUAGGAACAAGUGUGAGAGCUCCAUAAAGUCCAGACACAAAACAGCAAGCGCCAGUAACUGCAUCCCCGCAUGGGAUGGCUUUGUCUGUUGGCCCUGAAGGAGUUCCAGGACGAACGGUGUCUGCUUCCUGUCCUGAGUAUGUCUAUGACUUCAACCACAAAGGCCAUGCCUACAGAAAGUGUGAUGUGAAUGGAAGUUGGAAACUCACUGCAGCGAACAAGACUUGGGCAAAUUACAGUGAAUGUGCAAAGUUCCUCUCACCCAAUGACUAUGAGAAGGAAGUGUUCGACAGACUAUACCUCAUCUACACUAUUGGGUACUCCAUCUCAUUCGGCUCUCUGCUGGUAGCUGUGGUCAUCCUCGGCUACUUCAGGCGUCUUCACUGUACGAGGAACUUUAUCCACAUGCACCUGUUCGUGUCCUUCAUGCUACGAGCACUUAGCAUCUUUGUUAAAGACGUUGUUCUGUAUUCGGGAUCCAACCUCGAGGAGACUCAGCGGAUCACAUUCGAGGAUCUGAAAUCCAUCACCGAGGCUCCGCCCAUUGAGAAGUCCAAGUUUAUCGGCUGUAAGAUCACAGUUACACUCUUCCUGUACUUCCUUGCGACAAAUUAUUACUGGAUCCUGGUGGAAGGCCUUUACCUCCACAGCCUUAUCUUCAUGACCUUCUUCUCUGACAGGAAGUACCUCUGGGGCUUUACUGUCAUUGGCUGGGGCGUCCCUGCAAUGUUCGUCGCUGUUUGGGCGAGUGUUCGGGCGACACUCGCUGACACAGAGUGCUGGGACCUGAGUGCUGGUAAUAUGAAAUGGAUUGUGCAGAUCCCAAUUCUAACAGCCAUCGCGAUUAAUUUCCUGCUCUUCUUGAACAUCAUCCGAGUUUUGGCUACGAAGCUAAGAGAAAGUAACGCGGGUCGCUGUGACAGCAGGCAGCAGUACAGGAAGCUGCUGAAGUCGACUCUGGUGUUGAUGCCGCUGUUUGGCGUUCACUACAUCGUGUUCAUGGCCAUGCCGUACACCGAGGUGUCUGGAGUUCCCUGGCAGAUUCAGAUGCACUGCGAGAUGCUCAUUAACUCCUUCCAGGGUUUCUUCGUUGCGAUUAUUUACUGCUUCUGUAACGGAGAGGUCCAGGCGGAGAUUAAGAAGUCAUGGAGUCGGAGGACGCUGGCGUUGGACUUUAAACGUAAAGCACGCAGCGGAAGCAGCACGUACAGCUACGGCCCGAUGGUUUCUCACACCAGCGUGACUAAUGUGACAUCGAGGCAGCGUGAUGUCAGCAUGAGGCUCACACCCGCUAACAAUAACGUUAGCACCAAUGGGCACCGGAACCUUCCGGGCUACGUGAAGAACGGCUCUGUAUCGGACCAGUCCAUCCCUUCUUCUGCUCAGGAACUCCACGUGCAGGAGGACGAACCGUCCAAGAUGGCGACGGAGGAAAAACCCACCCCAUUAGUCGAGGAGGAGCGGGAAACGGUCAUGUGACCUGUUGAAUGUUACAAAGAACCUCAGGAUCAAUCAGGCUCUCAGAGGAGUUUGCUAGCAUUGCUAAAUAAGCUAAAAGCCUAGCGUCUACGGGCUAACGAAGGGGCUCCGAAGCAGCAGCGGGAUUCAGAGGACGAUGUUCACGCUGCUGUCGGAUGAAGAAGAUAUUUAAUGUGUAUAAUAUUGUAUAGAUAUAUCGUGUAUAGUGAAAGGUGUGACUUCAUGGAGUGUUUGUUUUUCAGAAUCAGGUGUUUUUCCACCCUUCUGUAAUUAUUAUUGACCUCCUCAUGUAUUACAGAAAACUGCUCUUUUUGUCGUAGCUAAAAGUUUUGAAGGAACUGAAAACAACCUUUCGUAAUUUUUGCAGUAAACGUUUAAGGUUGCUGUGGUUUUCUUCAUGAGCUUCUCACACAGAAAUAGUUACUCAGACUCACACCACGACAUAAAUUAAGACAAAUCUUUUACAAAACGUAAAAAAAAAACACACGACCUUCUCGAACUACCCGUCUAUUCUAUUGAGUUAGCAAAAGACCGAUUGGAAACUGUAACGCAUUCAUACGGAUGAAUUCAAUUUUUUGUUUGUUUGUUUUAGAAAAUUUUCGAUUUUUGGAGUUUGUUGAUUUUUGGAGUGUUUAUUUUGAUCCCCUUGAGCAGAAACUCUAAUUCAUUUUGAAAACACGUCAGGUCUAUUUAUUUAUUUGUUUUUUUUUGUUUGUUUGUUUUGUAUUGUUUUGUUUACUUUUUUUACUUUAAAUGUAUUUGUAAAAGUCUAAAAUGCGUAAACUCGUUCAACUCUAUUCAUGUAAGUCAAAAUGUUUACAAAACUAACUAAAUAAAUAAAUAAAUAAAACAGAAAAAUGUUUGUGUUGUGAGCGAAAAAAGCGCUAAAGUUUCUGGAAUGUGAUGUCGGCUCGAUCCUUUUUGUUUGUUUGUUUGUUCGUUCGUUUUAACCGCGAUACUUUAACGUCUUUAAAGCUCAAGCUGAACGUAUUCCUUAGCUAGCUGUCCGAGCAUGUUAGCUAUCUGAGCUAACUCUAUACCUGAAAGAUUUUUCAUAUUGGUUAAGCGACAAAAAAAAAAAAAAAAAGUUAUUUUAUUUAAUUUACUGAAAAAAUUUUUUACUUUUAAAAAAUAUUCAU